CCUGUUAGAGGGCAGCACUGCGCAUGCCGUGACUGUAAAUGUCAGGCAGUAUUGUGUUAGCUAGCGGGUGGCGAGGGUGUUCCCAACCCCGGUCUACAACACGACGCGCGAUCUAACAUCACGACUCGAUUAUGAAUAAAAACAUCAACAAUUCAAUUGAGUACGUCACUUAGAUUCAAUUAAAUACUUUUUCGAUAUCAAACCUGAAAAGAAAAACACUUUUCCGGCGUAAAUAGUGAUUGCAGUAACUUUUUAAGAAAAUACCCGCUAAAAUUUGAAUAAAGAACUGUAAAUAGCUGUGGAAUAUUGUGUUCUAAUAUUUGCCAAUUGCAUCGAUUGAUUAAUACAUAUUGAGAAGUAAUUAGUCAGCAAUUUUCACCAAGAUGUGGUGGAUUCUCCGUCGAGCCCGGCUCACCGGCGCGUCGCUGUUCAGCCAGGCUUCAGGCACCAACAACAACAACAAUGUUAAAACAGAGUCCAGGCCUCCGCGGAAAAACUACAAUCAAUUGUCAUCGAAUGAAAAGCUUGAUAACAGACAGACUGAUGAUAUUCACAUCGAUGAAGCAGAAAUAGAAUCAGAUGCGAGCAGCACUGACUUGGAUGAACGCGAUACACGCGGUGUCUGCCCACCUUGUGCGCAUGACCGAUAUAAUAACAACGUUCGUCGACAUGCUCAUGACGACUUCAGCGAUGAUACAGAUUACGACGAAGCUCUAACCUGCAACGUUUGCGACCGAUCCUUCCCAUCUCGUCGCCAACUUGGGGAUCAUCAGCAAAAGAAACGACAUUUCGGAUGCAGCGCCUGCGACAGCCUGUUCCCCUCGCUGAUGGCCCUGGAGCACCACAAAGAGGAAUUCCAGCACUGGAGCGACUCCUCCUACUGCUCACACUCCGACUCCGAGGACAGCGACCUCGAGACAUGCCACGAGGAUAAACAUCGACUACUCUAAUGCCACCAUCUCAUUAUUGCCGGGGAAAAGCCUACUAAAUUGGGCACUUUUGUGUAAAAAUCUCUGUACAAUGCUUCUGAAUAAAGCAACGCGUAUUUUGUAACAAACAACCAGCGAAAUCGGCCUAACCCUGUUCUUACUUGAAAAACAGACAGGAAUUACCGACCCCUCAAUAAAGUGAAAAGGGUUAGAGCAUUUCUGCACUUGUGAUCAUCACAAUUAUCACAGCAAUUACCCCAGUAAGAUACAAAUUGUACAAGUUAGCUUUUUCGAUAGUUCAGUAAAAUAAAUAUAUGUAUAAUUACUAGUCUUAAUAAAUAGGCACAAGGAGACAAAAACUGCAUAAUAUUAACACUUUACACUUUUGCGCUUUAUCUUACUGUGGCAAUAACUGUUCUACUGGAUGUUGCUCAAGUCAGUUAUUUAUUCUAGUAUAAACUCAGACAAUGAAGUCAACUUUUUAUUAAAUGCUCUCAAUAUUGGAUAGCCGUAUACUCGAUUGCAAAUAUGCAACAUUUAUAUGAAUACCUACUUUUAGUUUCAAUACUCGCUUGAGCAGCGUUUCAUGUGAUGUUACAAUCUACGCGCUUUCUGAACUGUUUCUUUGUAAG